AUGUGUGUCGACUACAGGAAGCUGAACUCCUCCACGCGCAAGGACCACUACCCCUUGCCAUUCAUAGACCAGAUGCUUGAGCGCCUUGCCAAUCAUCAAUACUACUGUUUCUUGGAUGGAUACUCAGGAUUUUUCCAAAUUCCAAUCCACCCAGAUGAUCAGGAGAAGACUACUUCACUUGUCCCUAUGGCACAUAUGCUUAUAGGAGAAUGCCUUUUGGAUUGUGCAAUGCUCCAGCUACAUUCCAAAGUAUAUGGUUCUUCCUUUGAAUCAUGUUUGGGAAAUCUUGGAAGAGUGCUACAGAGAUGUGAAGACAAGCACCUAGUUCUAAAUUGGGAGAAGUGCCACUUUAUGGUUAGAGAUGGAAUAGUGCUUGGACAUAGAAUCUCAGAGAGAGGCAUAGAAGUUGACAAGGCCAAGAUUGAAGAUAUUAACUUUGAGUUCACAGAGGAGUGUCACAAGGCUUUCACUAAGAUCAAAGAUGCAUUGGUCAGUGCGCCAGUGGUUCAACCUCCAAACUGGGAACUACCUUUUGAGAUAAUGUGUGAUGCAAGUGAUUAUGCAGUAGGAGCAGUGCUUGGACAAAGAAAAGACAAGAAGCUACAUGUGAUCUAUUAUGCCAGCAGAACACUUGAUGAGGCACAAUGCAAGUAUCUCUUAUCUAAGAAAGAUGCCAAGCCAAGAUUGCUGAGAUGGAUACUACUAUUGCAAGAAUUUGAUCUUGAGAUCAAGGAUAGAAGAGGAGCAGAUAAUGGAGUAGCUGAUCACCUUUCAAGGAUGAGAGUUGAAGAAAAUCUACCCUUGAUGAUAGGCUACCUGAAGAAACAGUUUAUGCAGCUGAAGCAGCAAUAA